AUGGUGAACUACUGCAGACGCUUUUGCACGUCGGACGACUCGAAGAUAACGUCCGCCCUGGAGAUGAACGGAAUUAAAAUUGAGGGCUACAGGCGAAACAUAAAAAUAGAAGACGUGGGCACUCUGAGGUGCAUAGAAACGCUGGAACUGAGUAAUUACUAUCUGCUCAACCUCUAUUUGAAGGAUUUGUAUUUCAUUUUUUUUCACUUCGUUAUUCACUUGGCAGAUGAGGAGGAGCAGGCGUUGCUGCUCCGGGAGGGGGAGAGGAACGCCUUUCUCUUUAACACCCAGAUAGGGAGCUACGACAGGUUUUUGGAGAGCGUGAGGCGGCUCCGCUUCGGGGGUGCCCUAAACGGGGCGCGGUCUACCGAGGGAGAGGAAACCAAGGGAGAGGAAACCAAGAAAGAGGCUUCCAAUAGCUCACCUACCGGGGGAAGACCUACCCUGGCCGAGACGAGCGGCGCUCCUUGCGGCCCCCCCGAGGAGGACCCCCCACCUAGGACCACCCAACCGAAGAGGAACUUCCCCCACUUCGAUUACGCAAACGAGCUAUUCCAUCACCUCUACACAGAGGAACAAAUCACUCUCCAAAAUAUAGACAAGGAAGUAAACGCCAGAGUAAAGAAGGAAAAUCUUUUUGAUAGAUGCAUCCGAAUUAACAAUAAUAUAAUCAUUUACAUGCUCUCUUACUUGUAUUUGAAUGAUAAGCUCAAGCGACUUCGGCUGGACUAUAACUUCCAUUUGAUUCUCUUAAACAGGAGCAGGGGGGGGGAGGGGCGUGGUAGAGCUACUACCCCUCCGGGUAUGGUGGAGGCAGAAGGGGAGACAAGGGAAGGGACCCUCAGCGAACAGAGCCGUCUCACCCAGGAGGACCUCUUUCUCAUUUAUUUCUCCCACUUUAAGUUUUACAUCGUCUCCUUUUUUUUGUACUCCUAUGUGAAGUUCAAGGGCAGUGGCACAUCGAGACGCACCGGGGGGGGGAGAACUGCAACGGUAGUUGGAAGCGCAGCUGGGGGCGCAGCUGGGGUGGCCGCUAGAGGGGCCGCUAAAGGGGCAGCUGGAGGGGCAGCUGGACGGACCGCUGGAGGGGCCGCGAGAAGCGCGCCUCCCCCGGAUAAGGAACAGUUCCUUUUCAACCACGAAGACAACCGGAAGAACGUCGCCAGCGUGUCCUCCUACAUUUCCAACUUUGUGAAUAAGGUGCUGCACGAAAUAGACCUCGUGUUGAAGAAGAAUCGAUUUGCUUCUAACUUAGAUGCAGAGAGGGGGAGAACCGAGAUGGGUUCUUGUACUAGCGAAAUGAUUAACGAAAUAUUGAAGAACAAACUUUCGUUUAAGCAGGUUACACUGAGUCACCUUGACUUCUGCCUCUCUUGCAUCGUCCUCCUGAACGUGUGCACCCCAGAUGGAAUGCACUCGUGUCUUUACUACGGUGUUACCUACGCGCAUUUCUUUCACGUCUUCGAGAGGUAUUCAGCGUCGCUUGGUCUAUGGAGGGAACUCCAACGGGCCAACUACUUCUGCUUCUUCGAGGGGAUAAAACAACUCUCCUUCAUCGAGCGAUGCUGCCUCUUCCCCAACGUGAAACGCAUUCGGCUGGACUACCUCCACAGCAUUUUAUUUUCAGCCAACAACCGGAACAGGUUUGCCCUAAACGUCAGCUUCAUAGACAAGUGCAUAGCCAUACAUAAUGAGGAGAGGACUGCCUACAUGUUAGAAUGCCUGGGCAUGCACAUGAAGGAGGGCCGAGUUUCGUUUAACAUGUCAAGCAGGAGAGUGGAGGGAGGGACUCCCCACGAUGCCCCGAGGUGCACUAUGCUAGACAACAAGCAGCACUGCGUUGACCACUUUUUGAAAACCUAUCAGGACCGGGUGGAGGACUACGUGUAUAUUCUUUAUGAUGAGGAGGGCUUCAACCGGGAGAGGUGCUACCGCAAGUUCGACGUCCCCGCCAUGGUGUGCGAAUAG